AAUCCUAAGAGCUUCUCUGAUUUUCUUUUCUCCUUCCUUCAAUUCGUAGUCCUCUUGGAGUUGUACGUAUCAAGAGAAAGUAACCAUGGCAUGGGUUUGGACAACGCUUGCUGUGUUUGCUGCAGCUUUGUCUCUCAUUCAUGGUCUUUUAAUGAAGACGAAAGCCAAGAAACUACUGCCACCAGGUCCAAGAGGGCUUCCCAUUUUGGGACACCUUCACUUGCUUGGUAAAAAUCCCCAUCAGGAUUUGAGCAAGCUAGCCAAACACUACGGUCCUAUCAUGCAUUUGCGAUUCGGCUUCCUUGACACCAUCGUGGCUUCAUCUCCUCAUGCUGCACAGCUCUUCCUCAAGACUCAUGACCUUGUGUUUGCAAGCAGACCACCUAUUGAGGCAGCUAAGUAUAUAUCUUAUAAUCAAAAGAAUAUGUGUUUUAGCCCAUAUGGUCCUUACUGGCGCAACAUGCGCAAAUUGUGUACAUUACAGUUGCUUAGUAAUCACAAGAUCAAUUCAUUUCAAGCCACGAGAAGAGAAGAAUUGCGUUAUCUUAUCGACUCACUCAAGCAAUCAGCUCUGGAUCGUGUGGCUGUUGAUCUAAGUGCUAAAGUUUCUGACUUGAGUGCAGACAUGAGUUGCAGGAUGGUGGUUGGGAAGAAGUACGAGAAUAAGGACAUUGAUGCCAGGGGUUUCAAAGGUGUGAUUAACGAACUUAUGCAGCUAUCAGCUAUACCAAAUCUUGGGGAUUAUUUUCCUUAUCUUGGUAAGCUUGACUUUCAAGGAUUAACUAGACGAAUGAAGGUCCUCGCCAAAGUCAUUGAUCGGUUCCUUGAGAGGAUCCUUGAUGAGCAUGAACAGAGUGGAAGCAGUGAUAAGAUGACAAAGGAUUUUGUAGAUAUCAUAUUGUCCAUCAUGAAGUCCGGAGAGACUAAGUUUCAAUUCAAUCGUGAACAUGUCAAAUCUGUUUUGAUGGAUAUGCUUGCGGGAUCAAUAGAUACUUCAUCAAGUGCAAUUGAGUGGAUUAUGACAGAACUCUUGAGACAUCCACAAGUAUUGAAGAAAGUUCAACACGAAUUAGAAAGUAAGGUUGGUUUGGAUAGGAUGGUGGAUGAAUCAGAUUUGGAGGAUCUAAACUAUUUAGAAAUGGUCAUGAAAGAAUCCUUUAGACUUCAUCCUCCAGGGCCAUUACUUAUCCCUCAUGAGGCAAUGGAGGAUUCCACCGUUGAUGGCUUUCACAUACCCAAAAAAGCACGAAUCAUUAUAAAUGUUUGGUCAAUUGGACAUGAUCCAAAUGUGUGGGUUGAUCCUGAGAAUUUUAUCCCAGAGAGGUUUGAAGGUUGCAAUAUAGACUAUCGCGGGAGCAAUUUUGAAUUUAUUCCUUUUAGCUCUGGUAGAAGAAGCUGUCCUGGUUUACAACUUGGAAUUACUGUGGUAAGAUUGGUGGUAGCACAACUAGUGCACUGCUUUGAUUGGAAACUUCCAAAUGGUAUGUCACCUGAAGAGUUAGACAUGACUGAGGAAUUUUCUCUUGUGAUGCCUCGUGCCAAGCACUUGAUAGCUGUUCCCCACUAUCGCUUAAAUAUUUAAGCGAAUGAGUGUUUAAAAAGCUUAUUUCUUUACAUAAAUAAUUAAGGAAAUACAAAACUUCUUGUAAGGUGGUGAAUAUCAUCUAGUUGUCGAAAUUGUUUGUAUUUUCGGAGCUGUUUGUAAUUGGCAUCGCUAGUGAAUUGAUUUUCGGUGGUGGAAUGCUUGUAGUUUGUUUGUAUGAAUGGAUGCAAGUAGUGUUUAAGUUUUCUA